AUGGCGCUGAACCACGGGGACACAAUAACUUAUAUGGACGGAUCCAAAACUUCAGACGGUGUCGGCUGUGCAUUUGACAUCUUGAUACGUCUCACUGCAUUGGACCGAGUUGGAAAGAAGGUGACACUGUGUUGGAUUCCUAGUCAUGUUGGUAUCGUUGGAAACAAGCUCGCUGACGCAGCCGCAAAACGGGCAUCACAUGCACCAUGUGAGUCUCUGGUACCUGACUACUGCUUCCUCCAUUGGUGA